AUGGAUGAUGAUGAUGAGGAUGAAGAUGAGGAUGGUGAUGGGGAUCCCGAUGCUCCUCCUGCUCCCGCGGCUCCUCUCCUCCUCACCUCCGCCUCCUCCACCUCCGCCUCGCAUCGCUGGCCUCAGCCGCCGCCGACCAGCACAGUGCGACACAUAGACACAGCGACCGACCGCCCUCCUCCUCCUCCCCUGCCGCGGCCCCACACUGCGCCUGCCCCGCCCGCCCACCGCCGUCCCCCGGCGCAGACACCCAUCCGCCGCCUCGCCGACCUCACGGGCUGGGCUGGGGCCGCGCCGGGCUGCGGGGAAACCGCGGAGCGGGGCCCGGACGGGACGCGGCGCCACGGGGAGCUCCGCGCACCCCACCCCGCACCGCGCCCCGGCCGCUGCCCCAGCGCUCCCCCACCCUCUCCUCGCCCAUGUUAUUUCUUUUUAUUUAUUUCCCCCUGGAAAAGGAAAAGCCCCUUCGGAUGCGAGCGGCCGCUCCGCGGCGGGGAGUCCCCGCCGCUCCCCGCACACGGGCUGCGCUCCGUGCCCGCAGGACGCGGCUCCGGGGGCAGCGCUCCGUGCCCGCCCCGGCGGCGCUCGCUCCCCCCGAGCCCCGCGGAGCCCCCGGGGAGGCGGCUGGAGCCCGGCGGCGGGAGCGCUCCCCUUCCCCCCGCCGCGCGUCUGCGGCUCGGGGCGGUGGAGGCGGGGGCAGCCGCGGGCGCCCCGGGGGAUGGGAAGGAGGGAGGGAGCAGAGUUCAGCGCUGUGUGCGAGGGAGACAAAGUCUGGGGAGCGUGGCCGGUUUCCAGCAGCUCCGGCUGGAACAGCUGCGGGCGCUCGGGGCGGGGGGGCUCCCCGGGCAGGGGCCCGGCUGGCUGGCUGCCUGCCCGCCCGGCUGCGGGGCGGGGUUAAGCCUCAUUACACGGGAUUUAACGUGUCCCGGAGGCCAGCGGGGACUCGGGCUCCGAGGGGAGGCGGGGGAGCGCCGCGGCCUCGCAGCCGGAGAAAAGUCCGGCCACGGGGCGAGGAAGCGGCCGCGCCCCCGGACUUUCCUCCCGGGCGCUGCCCCGACGCGCUCCGCCGCCCGCGGCGGGAGCGGCUCCAGCGGAGCGCGGCCGCCGGCCCGGGGCCCCCGCGCCGGGCACCGCCCCAAGGGCACCCCUGAGCCGCCCCCCGCGGGGCCCCAGCUCGGCCGUCCCUCCCUCCCUCCGUCCCGGGGCCGGAGCGGCGGGUACGGAGGGAGCGGGUUCGGGGCGCGGGUGCUGAAUCACGAAACGGCGCGCACGGACAGAAGAGCAGCGCGGUGA